AUGAAUACGUCCCAGGUAUGCAGGUGGAGUUGCAAAUGUUCGGAUGGGGCGGAGUUAAUUGUUACUGGCGCAGAAAAAACCCCAUCUGACACUCCAUCGGGCUUGGAGCAAACAGACGGAAUGGCCACCGAUUUUACUCAGGAUUCGGUGCUGUACUUUCUCCGGUGCAACGGUGGAAGAGUGAAGAACUCUGAAUUGUUGGCGCACUUUAAUGCGUUUUUAAAGGACCACAAGAACCAGACGCACAAUCGGGAACUGUUUAAAAAGUUUAUUAACUCCGUGGCUGUGGUGAAAACGGAUGAGGGAGUUAGAUACGUUGUAUUGAGGAAGACAUUUCUGGGCUAUGUUGUUGGAGGAGAUAUCGCCGCAGGAUCCCAUUCUCCAAACCCCCCCAUCGGACAACAACCUGCGCCACAGGCGAGAGAGAGAGACCGCUCGCCGAGAGAUCCGGUAAACCUAAACCAGGAGAGAGGUCAGAAGGAAUUGAUCGAGACGCACUUGCACGUCACAAAUCAGAAGUUCCAUGUUCCACCGGGCAACACCAUCCAACUCACAGAAAAGAUAUUGGCCUCGGCUGGAAUUGUAAAGAAAAACAAUGUGAAAAGUACAGUCAACUUCGAAAAGCCUAUCCAAAGCUCCUCGCCAUGUGUGACAGACCAUGCGCUACCUCCGGCAUCCAGCAACAAAGAGGCACCGUUCCGCCCAUCUUACAAUGUAGAAAUAUCAAAGGGCUCAGAAGAUGGGAGUGGUCAGAGCAUUGAAGCAAAAUUGGAUAAAGAACCCGUGACUCUCCCUCUUUCAGUCCCAAAACUGAAUCACAAAGGCAUUUACAUUGGUGGUUACACACUUGGCAAGCAGUCAGUAGAACCCAAGAGGUCCUAUCCGCCCCCUGAGUUCCUGUACACAGAGGUGAAACCUCCGGCACCUCAGCCUCACCUAGCACAGGUGCAACAGAAUGCAGUACAGCCAAAGAGGAAGACUUCUGAAGCUGACCACAGAGGAGCCUCUGCAGCUACAGGAUGGCCACUGCUCACCACUCUAGAGCAUGCCAGCUCCUUUCCUUGUUUAUCUGAUCCUUCUGCUGCUCCCCUGACCCCUGACCCCCAGGUGACAAGGAGCAAUGACAACCUGGAUGGCAACCUUCACCUCCACCAUAGCAUCCCACAGCAGCCCAGACCAAAAGAAGAUGGAGUCCCUGACCCAGUCCCUAUCCCUGACAUUCACAGCCAGUAUCCGGAGGAGAGUAGAGCUGCUGUUCCCCAGUCUUGGGUCAAACCCCAGCCUCCCCAAUGCCACCUACCCCUGGAUUACCCAUACCACACAUCUGCUGCUGAUAGUGCUAGGUCUUCUGGUUACUCAGAGCAGUACCACCACCAGGCCGACUCCGGCCUCUCCUCCCGUCACAGCCACAGCAGCCUCCUCCUUUGCCCAUCACUGAACUCCAGGGAUGAGUGGCCCCAGGGUUCCCGUGGAGAUGAGUGCGCCAGCUAUGAAGCACUCAACUACCAGGUUCUCUCGGGUGAGCAGCUCUCUCAGAUGCACUGCGCCGAGAAGCAAGCCCCCUGGCCUCACUAUCACUCCACCGGUUACCUUGAUAACAACAAGGUGGACAUAGCAUCGUCAUGGCACCAUUCCACAGGUUAUCUCCAUGACGAUGAUGGUUCAGAGUCCAACGAGUCCACCUCUAUUCCUGGUUCGGCCCCCGAGCCAUUUCUCCGACCCGCCGCCCAGCGAAUCAGCACACAGCUCCGCAGCCGCAUGUGUCGUAGUCUCGGAGCCGGCCUGGACCAACAGUUUCCGGAGGACGGCGUCUCGGCACGGCACAACCGCCUCCACCUCCUCUCCUCCAACCUCAGCAUCAGCCACUCCUUCUCCCACCCUGCCUCACGUACACCCAGCUACAGAGACCUGAGGGGGGAGAUGCGAUCUGGGGCCUCCAGUAACAAGAGCUUAAACAGUGGCCAUGACAGCUCUUACUUCCACCGGCACAACCUGGUCCCCCUGGAGCCUAAGGAGCAUGACUGGCUGGUGAAGGGCGCUGCUGGACUCUGGGCCGACAUUUACACCCUGUUCAGAGAUGAACCCAGCCUCCUCACCAAGAGAGACUUCAUCACUGGUUAUACCAUCCUGCACUGGAUCGCUAAACAUGGAGACCACCGGGUCCUCAACACACUCUGGUACGGAGUCAACAAAGCCGGGUUGAAACUGGACGUGGAUGUGAAGACUACCUGUGGCUACACGCCUCUUCACCUGGCCGCCAUCCACGGAAACAACAAGAUGAUACGACUUCUGGUUCAUAAAUUCAGUGCCAACGUGGCCCUCAGGGACACUAGUGGUAAGAAGGCCUGGCAGCACCUCAGUCGCACCGGCCCAAUUGACCUUCUAGAGAUGCUAGGGGCCCCUCAGUGCUUGACCUCCACCGAGGGUAGCUCCUCAUCCCAGUCCACAGGAGAGAGACCCACAAGGCCGGUGACAUCCUCGGGCUCAGCCGCGGUGAAGAGGUCCACGUCUAUAGCUGUGUUCCUGAAUAAGACUCUGAUGAAGUUCCCAGGACGGGAAGGUUCGCGGUCGUCCGACUCUUUAGUGUGACACUAGUGUGGCUGUCCCACUAUGACCUCUAUUCUAAUGGCAACAGCCACUUACUAACUAAGCUGUGUUGGGGCUUCACAACGAAGAUUUGACACUUAAAAUCGGAUUUGCUUUCUUUAUGUCAAAUGUUAAUCCAUUCAUUUAUUUUAAUUUGUAAUUUUUUUUAGACCGAAUAAUUGAAUAAGGGGGUAGGGAUUGUGUUAUUGAGCUGUCUAAAUUAAUUUAUUAUGAAUGGAUAUGACAGACAGACCUUAACUGUAUCACUUGUGAUAACAAAAGCAAUAGAAUCAGUUCCGUGAGGUCGGAGUUAUAAAGAGAUUGUAUUUUAUUAUCAUAUAUGAGUAUAAUUGCUUUGCAUUUGUGUUUAUUUUUGGCGAGAACCUUUUUGUUUGUUUGCUACUGGGGAAAUGGCUUCCAGUCAAAUGUUUUGUUUUUUAAUGACCAGAGAAGAACCUUUUUUAAAAUGUCUUCUCUCCAACAACAGUUAAGUGCUUCAGCAGUUUCAUGUUUCAGGUGGUUACUUGACGCAGGAAUGUGGUUUUGUUUGUUCAAAGGCCUGUCAAAGUAGCAAUGUAUAUUACAUCAUCUGACUAAAGGAACAAGAAUCCUCCCUUUGCACCAGGUUGAAUAUGAUGCCAACUGUUCACUAGUUUAAAUCCCCGAAGGUUGAGUGAGGUUUAUAAAGUAUGGCUGUUUUAUUAUAUUGACUUGUUGUUAAUAUUGACACCAAAAGGUUGAAUCACACAAACUGUUUUCUCUCCAUGUGCUCUCAUGUUUCCAGAUGCAGCAUGUCCUGAAGUACUAAAACAAUCCAAAAUGCUUUUCAUUUAAUGUCACUCUAAAGCCAUUUCCUUAAAGACCCAGUCAAAAUAGUUUUUUCCCCCCUGUGUUUUGUAUAAUAUUGUACAGCGGCUGAUGAAACUAACUCUGUAAAAGUGUUUAUUUUUAUUAUAUUUUAGCAGUGUUAUUUCCUGAUCGUUACUGGUUGAAAAUACAAUAUACCCAGGGUCUUCUAAUCAGCAGCUUUCCAUGGUGACAUGUUUUUAAAUUGGUUAAUAUCAAGAGUUCUAAACAUCUCUGCCAAUAACUGCUAUGUUUCAGUUCCCCCCGCCCCACUCAGACCACUCCCCCAGACACUCCUACCAAAUACUUUCAUGAGAAAAACAUUUUCCCCCUUUCAAUGGAAAUCUAUUACAAAUCUGUUAUUUGUCACAUGCUUCGUAAACAGAUGUAGACUGACAGUGAAAUGCUUACUUAAAGAUACUUUUCAGACAAUGCAGUGUUAAAGAUACAUUUAAACAAGAUUAAAAAAACAAGUAAAAUACACGAAGCUACUUUAUUGUUACCUAGAAAUGAUUUAAUGUUGCUAUAAAAACCGCGGCAUUUGAGCCUUUUUAACAUCUUAUUUUUAUUUGUUUUGUUUCCAAAACUAAUAUUAUUGAUCCAAGUGAAAUGUUCACCUGUGUUGAACAUUAAGGUGCAAGAGAGCAGGUUAUAACAGAGGUUCUGAUCCAAAUAGCAGCAUAUUCCCUAUGUAUCACACUGCUCUGGUCAAAACUAGUCCACUAUAUAGGGAACGCGGUGCCAUUUUGGAUGCAAGAAAAAAUCUCUUCAGGUGCUGGAUUCAUACAGUGGAUGUAAACAGACAUGAUAAACCAUUCUACGUGCCAGCUAUGGCUCUGGAGGGCUGGAGGUAUGUGAGGGACCGGGGGGAGGCUUCAGACUGGAGGGCUGGAGGUAUGCGAGGGACCGGGGGAGGCUUCAGACUGGAGCUCUGGAGGGCUGGAGGUAUGUGAGGGACCGGGGGAGGCUUCAGACUGGAGGGCUGGAGGUAUGUGAGGGACCAGGGGGAGGCUUCAGACUGGAGGGCUGGAGGUAUGCGAGGGACCGGGGGAGGCUUCAGACUGGAGGGCUGGAGGUAUGUGAGGGACCGGGGGAGGCUUCAGACUGGAGCUCUGGAGGUAUGCGAGGGAC